UGAGAUCCCAGUAAGCUUGGAUUUCUUAAACUCUUGGCCAUCUGCUCUGUCAUGGAGCAAACCAUAGCUGGUGGGUAAGGGGUGGAAGGGCCUGCCAAAGUCCACCCCUCCCUGGCCUGCCUGAGUGGCCCAGUCCAGUGACAUCACAAUUCUGAGUGGUCGCCACGGUGCUGCUGAAGUUGGGCUCUCUUCUCCCCAACGAGCUCUUGGGUGUGGAUGUGAGAAGGUGAGGAAGGUAGGCAGAUGGCGACAAGGAACAACCCUAGCCCCAAGCCCAUGGGCACGGCUCAGGGUGACCCUGGAGAGGCAGGACCAUUACCAGGUCCUGAUGCUGAUCCCCGAGAGACAGGUUCAGCCACUCAGCUGAAGAUGAAGCCCAAGAAGGUGCGUAAGAUCAAGGCGCUCAUCAUUGACCUGGGCUCCCAGUACUGCAAGUGUGGCUACGCGGGAGAGCCGCGGCCCACCUACUUCAUCUCCUCCACUGUGGGCAAGUGCUGUCCCGAGGCAGCUGAUGCUGGUGACACCCGCAAGGAGACCUAUGUGGGUCAUGAGCUGCUCAACAUGGAGGUGCCUCCCAAGCUGGUUAACCCGCUGAAGCAUGGCAUCGUAGUGGACUGGGACUGUGUCCAGAGCAUCUGGGAGUACAUCUUCCACACAGCCAUGAAGAUUCUGCCCGAGGAGCAUGCUGUGCUGGUUUCCGACCCACCACUCAGCCCCAGCAGCAACCGGGAGAAGUAUGCGGAGCUCAUGUUCGAGACCUUUGGCAUCCCUGCCAUGCAUGUGACAUCCCAGUCACUGCUGUCCAUCUACUCAUAUGGGAAGACCUCAGGGCUGGUGGUGGAGUGUGGCCAUGGCGUCUCACACGUGGUGCCCAUCUCAGAGGGUGACCUGCUGCCAGGCCUGACUAGCCGUGCUGACUACGCUGGGAGUGACCUCACCAACUACCUAAUGCAGCUGCUCAAUGAGGCAGGCCACAAGUUCACAGAUGACCACCUGCAUAUCAUUGAGCACAUCAAGAAGAAGUGCUGCUAUGCGGCUCUCCUGCCGGAAGAAGAGCUCAGACUGGGCCUGGAGGAUCUGCGAGUAGACUACGAACUUCCUGAUGGCAAGGUUAUCACCAUUGGCCAGGAGCGCUUCCGGUGUUCUGAGAUGCUCUUCAAGCCCUCCCUAAUGGGCUGUAACCAGCUAGGUCUCCCAGCGCUCACAGCUGCCUGCCUGGGUCGCUGCCAUGAGACAGGGUUCAAGGAAGAGAUGGCUGCCAACGUGCUGCUGUGCGGCGGCUGCACCAUGCUUGAUGGCUUCCCCGAGCGCUUCCAGAGGGAGCUGAGCCUCCUCUGCCCCGGGGACAGUCCCACAGUGGCUGCUGCUCCUGAGAGGAAGACUUCUGUGUGGACCGGCGGCUCCAUCCUGGCCUCCCUGCAGGCCUUCCAGCAGCUCUGGGUCAGCAAGGAAGAGUUUGAGGAGCGGGGCAGCACAGCCAUCUACAGCAAGUGCUGAGGGGUGGUGCCCAACAAGCAGGGCCUGGUGGGCAGGCAACCAGAGGCCCCUCUAUACACAUUUAUGGAAUUUCACAUAAAACUUUAAUGUGCGAUGG